AUGCUUCACGAAGAGUUUCCUGUGACUUACAAUGACUCGACCAGUGCCCCUGCAAAACCUCAGCAACAGAUUUUCUGGGUAUUUCACAAUUUUGUGGGGGAGAAAGGGAGAUUCAGGUACUUAAAAGAGUGCUCCUCAAAAAGUGAUGCUGAAUGCACGUGCAAGGAGGGGUACCGCUGCAGCGGCGACGGCUGCUCCCGCUGCGACCCAAGCUGUGGCGUGGGCCAGGAGAACACCGGGAGUGGUUGCCGAACUUGCCACUAUGGAACUUUUAAUGAUCAGCCCAAUGGCUCCUGUAAAAAGUGGACAAAGUAA